AUGCCUCGUCGCCACAGUCGAGGACUGUCGCUUGUUCUCAAUAGAGAAAACACGCCUGGCUACGACGACCUCUCAUCCUCACCAAAGUCCUCUCCCAAGGUCGCCUCCCCCAAGCGUUUUGAAGGCGGUUCCUCCAUCCAGGUUCUGCGCAUCACGAAUGAAGUCUCAAACACCGCGCCGCGCAGUCUGCGUCUGCUCGAGGAAUGCGCGCUUCAAGAUACCCAGGGUACAGUGAGCACGACCACGAUGGUCCUUCCCGGCCGCAGAAGCGUCUCUUUUAGCAGGAAAUACUCGAUAUCAUCAGCCGGCUCAGAGUCCUUGGAAGACAGCAGUAUCGCAGACAACGAAAGUAUCCCCGAUGACAGCUACGAAGACCUCAACGCGAAGCUCCGCAUGCGAGCGCGGGCCGAGAACAAAGAGCUCGAAGCAAAGCGCCUGGCCGGCAGCAGUCUUCGGCACGAGUACCUAGUCAGACUCACGACACUGCCUUCUGCAAACGACGGUAGAAUCGGAUUCGACGACCUUUCCGCGUUCUUCUGGGGCUUGGACUACGCCGACAUGCGCCAGCGAGGCGAGUUUGGACGCACGGUCGGAUACCUCCCCGUGCGAGCUGUCGAUAUGGGCAUAGUCAUUGGCAUAUGGCUAAUAGCGGUGCUCGUAUACAGCUGCACACGCGAAACCAGCAAUCGUGAAGGAUUUAAGCCGUCGGUCGGCCAGUUCCAGAAUCUUUUGGACUUACAGUUUGCUGAUUCAAGUCACGUCGCUGAAGUCGCUGUUAAAGAGAAAGAUAGAGAUACUCCCCGAGGAUCUGCUCGACUGGCGGGUAAGAUUACAAAGUCAAACAUUUACCUUUCCGCGAUGGCGUUUUCUAUCUUUGUGCUAUCUCGGACCAUCUACAUCAUGAUAGUAAUCAGACAUGUCUUGCUUGUCGUGUGGAUAUCAGUUAUAGCCAUGAAACGCGCUCCAGGCGUGGGUGGAAUCAAGAUGAUGCUACGAUAG